UAGACGCAAACAGGAAACAUGCGGAAGAGCCGAAAGGAGUCCGGUGUAACGAAACCGGUUUGAUUACGUAAAAACGUAAAGUUGGACCUUUGGUGGAUACAAUCGUGAUUUGUUUGUUGCACGAAAAAACGAAUUAAUUCGUAAAUCAUGAUACAUUUGUAAAGAAUUAUGCAGCUUAUUGAUCCACGUGACCUGACAGACCGGUCAGUGCUGAUUACAUUGAAUGUAUGCAACUAGGUGAAGAGUAAAAGGGUGAAGAUCAAAGGACCUGUCAGUAUUUCUGCAUUCAUAGAAACCUCAACGGCAAUGGCUGAAACGGAAAUCAAAGUCGCCUUCGUGAGCAACCUCAACGGCACGACGCUGACGGAAGUGUCUCUCGGCUCCUUCCUCGCCCCUCUCUGUCUUCUCAGCCGAGGCUUGUUCGUACUGGUGCUUCAACUCAACAGAGUUGUUCUCCCACUGAGCAGCAGUGUUCACCUUCUUUUAGAUUUCGCUCUGCUCAUAGCGCCGCUCGUGCUCUCAUGUACUGUCCUUAGUGACGUCCUCCUCUGGGUUGUGAUAACCGUAGCUGUCGCUAACGUUUUUGUCGUUAUAAUAUUGUACUCCAAAAGGAAUAAGAAACCUGCCAGUCAUCAGAGUACGAUCCACAGCUUUGAACACAGUCAUGUUGAGUCCAAAUUGGUGCCUUUUUUGACCGCGUUCAGAGUGCUGGUCAAUAUCAAGACAGCGAUCAGCAUCCUAGCUGUGGAUUUUAGUGUUUUUCCAAGGCGAUAUGCCAAAACGGAGACGUAUGGGACAGGGGUUAUGGAUUUCGGAGUGGGAGCUUAUGUUAUUGCCAAUGCAAUGGUGUGUCCUGAAGCUAGAGGGAAGAAAAUGCAGGGUUCAAAACUCAGCCAUUUGGCAAAGCAGCUUUUCUCAGUGUGGCCUUUGGUCGUGCUCGGGUUUGCCAGACUGGCGAGCGUGAAAUCGACAGGUUAUCACGAACACGUUACAGAAUACGGGAUGCACUGGAACUUCUUCUUCACUUUAGCCAUAGUGAGAGUGGUGGCGUCGGCUCUUCUUGCCGUGUUUCCCAUUAACGUCUCCUGGCUCUUGUCUUUGCUGAUCAGUGGAACAUACCAAAUCAUCUUAGAGACAACAGAUCUGAAGUCGUUUCUAACUCAGAACCAUGAGCGCAAUAGCUUCGUGCAAGCGAAUAAAGAAGGAAUUUUCUCUGUAGUGGGUUACGUCGCUGUUUACAUGGCCGGAGUUCAGAUUGGUGUCUAUCUAAUGCAGAACAGGACUCUGGUCAGGGACUGGAUACGUGUUAUCCGGAACCUUCUCCUAGGAAGCUUUGGGCUCUGGAUUGCUUUACAUGUCUGUCAAACACACAUCGAGCAGGUUUCACGUCGCAUGGCCAACCUGCCAUUCUGUAUAUGGACUGUGGCACAGUCCCUGUUUUUUCUUUCCUGUUUGGCCCUCGCUGAUAUCGUAUUGCUUUUUGCCAAAGUGACGUCCAGUUUCUCUGCUGUGUCGACCUCCUGGAAUCCUCGUCGAUGUCCCGAAACGGAGCGAAAAAUAAGGAGCAGAUUAGGAGCCUUGUGUUUAAUUCAGUCCGUGAACAGAAAUCAGUUGCUGUUUUUCAUGUUGGCGAACCUACUGACUGGAAUAACUAACGUCCUCGUAGACACUUUGAAAAUCAGCGACUUUUUUGCGGUGUGCGUUUUGCUGGCUUACAUGUUCAUAAACAGUUUCAUUAUAUUUAUUUUACAUGUACAUAAUAUUACUUUAAAAUUUUGGUAAUUUGUUUCUUCUACUGUUCCAAUCAACGCUUCAAGAAUAUCAUCUGAACAUGAUUAUAAGAUGUAAAUAUGGCCAAGCUCUUACAUAUAUAUUUAACAAAUUAUGAUAUAGCAAAUAAAAGAAAUUGUGAGAUGUGUCAACAGUACUAUUAAGACGUGGGUUACGGUUAUCAUUAAAUCUGCUUUUGAAAUCCUCGUGUCUUCUUGCUGUGCUCAGUCUUGCCAUGUGACAAACCGUCACCUCACCUUCGUAGCAGUGUUUGGCUGUUCCCCACCUAGUUUGAAGUCUCCUACACAGCAGUUUCAUAUGAAAUUGAUGAUCAUUAGCACCUGCUUGGUAUAACUGGUUAAUCAUACACCUGACCCUGAUUAUACAAAAUCUCUGACUUUGUUCAAGUGUACAACAAAUAUUUAUUCGAAAUUAACUUUCUUCUUCUGUUUGCUCAUUUUGUAAACGAAUAAAAAAAAACAUUUAAAUUA